AUGCCACCAGCAAACGGAAAGAAAGGAAAGAAGGGAGGAGCCGCAGCGAAGGCCGCUCCAGAAGAGGAUUUCGACGCCAUCCUGGCUGAAAUGGCACUUGCUGACAAGAAGGAAGCCGCCAAGUCGACAGCAAAAGCUGCUGGAGGCAAAAAAGGAGGCUCCAAAUCGAACGACGCCGCCGCUCCAGAAGCCGUCAAACAGGCGUGGCAAGCCGAAAUCGCCGCAAUGACGCCGAUCGAUGAGCAAUUCCCAGAUGGAAAAUUCCCGCACUCAAAAGACGAAACCCCAUAUUAUUUGAAGGGAAAAGACGGUCGCGUAGCAACGGACAGAGAGUCAAAUGAGGAGAAGAAGGCGUUGGACGCGAGCUACGAGGAGACGUGGCAGGAUUAUCGACGAUCCGCCGAGGCACAUCGUCAGGUUAGACAGUACGUCAAGUCGUGGAUCAAGCCAGGAAUGAGCAUGAUUGAGAUUUGCGAACGCCUCGAAACCACCUCCCGCCGUCUCAUUAAAGAGCAAGGACUCGAAGCCGGGCUCGCGUUCCCAACCGGUUGCUCUCUGAAUCACUGCGCCGCUCACUACACGCCAAACGCAGGCGACACCACUGUCCUACAGUAUGGAGAUGUGUGCAAGAUCGACUACGGAAUCCACGUGCGCGGACGUCUCAUCGACUCCGCCUUCACCGUGCACUUCGACCCGAAAUUCGACCCCCUCGUCGAAGCAGUCAAAGAAGCCACAAACGCCGGAAUCCGCGAGUCUGGCAUCGACGUUCGUCUCUGUGACGUCGGAGAAGUUGUCGAGGAGGUGAUGACGUCGCACGAGGUGGAGCUGGAAGGAAAGACGUACGUCGUCAAACCAAUCCGCAAUCUCAACGGCCACUCGAUCGCUCAAUACCGUAUCCACGCUGGCAAAACGGUGCCAAUUGUCAAAGGAGGCGAACAGACGAAGAUGGAGGAGAACGAGAUUUACGCCAUUGAGACAUUCGGAUCCACCGGAAAAGGAUACGUUCAUGACGAUAUGGAGACGUCGCAUUACAUGAAGAAUUUUGAGUUGGCUGAUGAGAAAAUUCCGUUGAGACUUCAGAAGUCGAAGGGACUGCUCUCGUUGAUUGAUAAGAAUUUCAGUACACUCGCGUUCUGUCGUCGUUGGAUUGAUCGUCUUGGAGAGACCAAGUACUUGAUGGCGUUGAAGGAUUUGUGUGAUAAGGGAAUCGUCGAUCCAUACCCACCACUUUGUGACGUCAAAGGAUGCUACACCGCCCAGUGGGAGCACACCAUUCUGAUGCGUCCAACGGUGAAGGAGGUCGUCUCUCGUGGAGAUGAUUACUAA